AUGGCUCGGUUUAACACGGCCACGAGCGAAACUGGCUCAGUGAUUGACCCUUGUUGCAGGAGGAGACACCGCAAGGCUUCUUCGAGGACCAUGGGCUUGGCUAAGCAGGGACAAACUCCAGGAUUACUUAAGGUGUGGGGGGCGGUCGUCAUUGAACAAUUAUUUACAAAAUCUGCCGACGGUAUAAAAACAUCUGAAAACAGUUACAAGGAAACCGAGUAUUGA